ACUCAGCAAGCUAACUUGUUAGAGACUUUUAUCACCAAUUCAAAACACUUUGGAAAAGCAAGCUUUGUUUAGUUGACUUUCCUUCUUUGUUCCUAACUGGGUCCAGUUCCUCUGAGGAAGAUUGAUGAGAGUACAAUCAAGGUCUUGAAGUAUAUCCACAACAGAGCCAGUUAGUCUUCACUGGAACAACUGCAAUUUAUUGGACAGUACCUACGAGAGAGGAUCGGGCCGACAAAAGGAGACAGACAGAUCAACAUUAUGGCAUCAGCAGGUCUACAGCUCAUUGCUUUUAUUCUAGCCUUAUCUGGCAUUUGUGGCAUAAUUAUAGCUACACUAUUGCCAAACUGGAAGGUAAAUGUAAAUGUGGGCUCAAAUAUCAUAACAGCUAUUAUUCAACUUCAAGGGCUGUGGAUGGACUGCACAUGGUUCAGCACCGGGAUGUUCAGUUGCACACUGAAGCACUCAAUCCUAUCCCUCCCUGUCUAUGUGCAGACUGCACGGACCACCAUGGUAUUGUCUUGCAUCCUCUCAGCUUUGGGGAUUUGCAUUUCUACAGUUGGCAUGAAAUGUACACGGUUAGGAGGGGAUAGAGAAACCAAAAAUCGUACUACUUUUGCCGGAGGAGUAUGUUUUAUUCUCUCAGGGGUAUGUGGUUUAAUACCUACAUCAUGGUACAUGAAGGAGAUCAUUUCAAAUUUUUGGGAUCCAACAGUCCCAGAGCACAAUAAGCAUGAACCUGGAGGAGCUAUUUACCUUGGAAUUAUUUCAACAGCAUUACUACUUGUAGCAGGUGUGAUUUUCUGCACUUCCUGUUUAAAAAGACAUCAAGAAGCUAGGCACUAUCCUCCCUCUCAGCAGGAUAUCUUAACUACUCAGUCAGAGAACAAUGCAGGAUAUAACCUGAAGGAUUAUGUAUAAAUUAUUAUAUACUAUAGAUGGUGAAUGAAAUUCUAGAAAUGUUUAUUUUUUUUAACUUUAGAUUGAAAAUAAAUCAAAAUCAUA